AUGCGUGGCACAGCGAGCGGCGAGGACCUCUCCGACGAGGUCUUGGUACGAAUAGCAGGGUUCCUCGGAGUUCAAAGUCAACAGGGUCUCUGCUACCUCUGCCGCUGCAGCAAAAGCCUCUAUUAUCUCACCACACCUGAACUUUACCGCAACGUCCGUCUUCCGGGAAUCACGAACAUACAGCGCUUCCUCCGAUCACUAUGUAAACACCCGUAUCGGGCAAGUGGCACUGAGUCCCUGAGCAUUCUCGACCACAACUACCCAUCCAUCUUCCACGAUCCUUGGAUCGGUACCGGCUACAUCGAGAGUUGCCGUGCCUUACUCUUCAGCAACAACAGUGCGCAGUUUUCCGCGUUCCUCGACAUGGAAACUGCAGAUAUUACAGCUGUCCUGAGCAAUCGAGAUCACGAUCGAGGCCUCUGGCUUGCCUUUCUCGUCCUACAGCUUCCCAGCUUGAGAAAGAUCAAAUUGGAGCUGAAUGGAGGAGUCUUCUUCCUCGGGAAACUCUUCGACUUUGCUCUCACGCGGAAACCCGACCUCAAUCUGUUUCCUUUCCUAUCCACGAUCGAAAUUGGGACUGGCCGUAACUACGCUGCGGUGAAUGUAUUUCCUUUUCUCCGCGUUCAGACCUUGAGAAAUUUCAGCGCGCGGCAUGUCCUGGAUGGAGGCCCGACAGAUCUGUCGCUGGUCCCACAAAUCCGAAGCCUGGAGCUGCUUGAUUCUUUUGAGAAGGUUGCGGACCUUUUGGCACUGCUCAAAACUUGCCAUCAUCUUCGGACUGUCCAAAUAUCGCGAAACGAAUCUGAUGCAAACGCAGGCAACGAGUACCAAAUCAUGAGAGCACUGUCGGACUCGCAUGGCGCCUCUCUCGAGCAGCUCGACUUUUACUCAUGGACCGCGUCAAAGAAACAGCAGGUGGUCAACAUGGGUAGAUUCGUCAACCUGACGAGCCUCAAGCUACCUUCACCAAUGAUCCUCCCGCAUCAAAUGGAUGCAAGCGGUUUACCCAUUCAUCUCCUUCUUCCACUCCUCAAUGUUCGCGACCUCACUCUCUAUUUGACAUACGAAUUCGGACCACUUGAGAAUUUUUGGCUGGCUGUACAAUAUCUGAUCACCAGGGAAGACCUCACGCCGAUGCUUACGUCCCUGUGUCUUGCAUGGGCGCCCGGCAUGGUCGACCUGGAGCAAGACAAGCCAGGACGAAGAGGUGUGGCAGAGGCGGCUCGCGACCGGGGAGUUGCGCUGCGCCUGAUCGAAGGAUUCUACCCUCGAUUCGAAGAAGUCCCGAUACCGGAGGACUCAGAUGUGGAAGACUCAGAUGCGGAGAGCAGCCAGUCGGCGAACGACGGAGUCCCGAUACUGGAGAAAUCAGACGCGGAGGACCCGGAUGCGGAGGGCAGCCAGUCGGCGAGCGAAGAAGUCCCGAUACUGGAGGACUCAGAUGCGGAGAGCAGCCAGUCGGCGAAUGGAGGAGUCCGGAUACUGAAGGAGUGCCCAUACUUCAGGACUCAGACGCGGGAAGAACCGGAUGCGGAGGGCGACCAGUCGGUGAACGAAGAAGAAGAUGGAACUUGA